CUCGGCUAUGGGUUAAAUUGGCCACUAACAUUAAGAUCAGCAUCCAGCGGUAGCCUAGAUUAGCCAGAAAGUGGCGAGCCCGGCUUUAUCUACACAGAAGGUGCGAUUAACUACGAGGAACUAAAGGUACAGAGCUAAAGCAGAAUGAGGGACAGGCUCUGUGAGCUGCGUCGGAUCUCCCCUGAAUCCUCGGAGUCGGAGGAGGAGGUAUACACCUUCUGCAUGGGCCCUGAGACACUGGGGCAGGAAGCCACACCAUUUGCAGACAAGGAGCAUGCCUUGAAGGAUGUGUUCGGGGAGGUUCAAUUCAUGCAGCGGGAGAUCGCCCUGCUCAGGAUGGAUGCCAGACGGCUGGCCAAGCAGAACGGGCGCUUCCUCACCUCUUUCCGGCGCAUUAGUAGCAUUAAGCGUGGUUCCAGUGCUAUUGCUCAGGGUAUUAAGGUUAAGGGUGAGGCCCUGUACCGGCGGCUGCGGUGGAUGGGCGGCCUGAGCCUGGAGCUGGAGGAGAAGAUGGGAGCCAACUCUGCCAUAGUGCGUAUUGUGCGUUGCCAGCAUGCAUCCCUGACCAGCAGCUUUCGUGAAGCGCUGCUUCACUAUAAUUCGGCAGAGGCAACCCUGAGAGAGCAUUGUAAGACACGGAUCCAGAGGCAGGCGGACAUCCUGGGUCAGAAGGUGACUGGCGAGGAGGUAGAUGAAAUGAUCGAGACUGGCAAAUGGAGCUCCUUCUUCGCCAGAGGCAUCCGGACGUCGCGCUCGGCACUCGUCAAGAUGGAGGACCGCCACCGAGAGCUCCUGGAUCUCGAGAGUCGCCUGCGUGACGUUCGCGAGCUGUUUACGCAGGUCGCACUGCUGGUGGAAGAGCAGGGCGGCUUUCUGGAGAACAUCGAAGCCAACGUUCUCGGCACACAGGACUACUUGGGUGCAACAAAUGUGAGGCUCAACCGAGCUAUGAGGUAUAGGAAGAAGAAUCCAUGCAGACGUUGUUUCAGAUGUUUCAGCUGCCUGACUGCCUAACCUCAUUAGUAAGUUCUUUGUGGUCUUUCUGUCCAACAGGACAUCAGGCUCCACAAAUUUUAUAGGUAGAAUUUUUAUUUGUUGACUGGUUGCUGUGAAGCAUGAAUGCAUGCAUGGUGACAGGCACUUGUGUUUUGUUGACAUUGUGUUUCUUGGUGGUCUGGUGGCUUAGUGGUUUGGAAACUAAUCGUUAAGACAAGAAAAUAUUAAAACACAGUGCAGGAUAUUGAGGUCACGUUUGGUGUCUCAUAACAUUCUGAAUAUUUUUAUUUUAUAAUUUUGGCUUUAAAUGAUUCAUUUUACAUCUUCCGUAAAAGCAGCCAAUAGUUUUGUAUUAAUGUCAUUAAAUUACAUGCUCCAUUUAAUAUGUUAACAAACCUUGACUUUUAUGAUAAAUGGACCAUGGUAAUUGAACAACAUUUGGCAACAAAAAGGUUGUGCAGGGAAUGUUUUAGAAAUACUGUGUUCUGUCGAAUUUUUUUAUUAAAUGUCAUUCUGAAUAAGAUUUUAUUGUAUUAAUUUGGCAAUAAAGUGUUUUUGUGCCUAAAA